AUGACCUCACUUGACCCCAAGGGCUUAUUUUUUGAAUGCUUGGUGAUUAGCCUAUUUCAGAGUAAGAAGGCUACAUACAACUAUUGGCCUGUUGACAAUAUAAAUAGCCAAGCUGAACCAGAGAAACUCACAGUGCAACCCCCAGCAGAUGUCAUGACAUUUCAAGAUCUGAAGGGUCUGAAGGAGAUAGUGAAUGAGGCACAUGUGAGGGAAAUUGUGAAUAAAUAUCUUGUAGAUGAUGAGAUGGAUGAGGAAGAGUUGACAAAUGAGCAGAUAGAACAGAAAACGCGGAA